AUGGACGCCAAAGCCAACACGCGGCAGUCCGUCGACUCCAACAGCCCGCUUCUCGCCAAGGCCGACGGCAGCACCGCCGCCUCCUCGUCAAAGUUCAAGGACGCUGGCGCAAUGGACCUCGAGGCGCAGAAAAAGAAGGACGCAAGGAAAAGGCUGAACCCGGAACACCCCGUCUCUAGCAUUCCGUUCAGCAUGAAGCAGUGGUAA